AUGGCACCUCACGCUAUCAAGGCUAGUCCAACACCAAGUGUUGCCCCUAGUUUGGCUUCAAAUAACGGAAUUAGUAACCCAUUUGGAACUGCCGCAGACCCCAAUGCUUUAAAGGGUACAUCUUACACCUCGGCUUCUACUAUUGUCGCUCAGGCAGUGUACUCCAUUCUGUCCAAGAUCUUCUCUUACGAGACUCCAGGCACUUCAGGUUUAUUGGACUCUAAUUUAGAGCUUUGGUCGCAGGAAUAUAACCGUCCAAACUCGUUUGGUGUUGUUCCUUACUUUCACCAAUUCCAGGUCAGAUCUGGUGCAUCUAAUGCCAUCUUGGGUUACUUAGGUAAGAACGGUACUAAUGGCCAACCAGUCCUGACUUUAGCUGGUGCAGGCGCUUUAGGCUACAUGCAACCAAUCUUGGCCUCAACUACUGCUACCCUCCCGUUGUCUUUCAAUGUAUCUGCUAUUGAUUACGAUUCAGCUAGUCAAAGCUUGGUCUCAAACUACGCUACCCCAUUAAGUGUCGCAAGAUCUUUGAACUACCCAGUUUUGACCCCAGUUGACUCAAACAAUGGUUUGGAGAUCCAACACCUUACCGUUUUGAACCACUAUUUGGCUGCUUUGACAGGAAGACCUUCUUUCAAUCUCUUCGAUGGACCUGAAUUCUCCCAAACUUUUGUUAAAUUCCAGAACUUGUUGAGUGUCGAAGAAUUGGGCAGAUUGUACCAAGAUUUGUUGUCUUCCACUAAUCAAGUCAACCCUUCAUCCCCUGAUGAAGCCGUUGAAAUUGCCCUUUGUAACUUGAACAACUUGGUGGGAACUCACUACUCGCAAUUCGAAUUUAUUGGUCCAUCCGACGCUGAGACUGUUUUCGUCAUCUACGGAUCUCAUGAAACCACCCAAGUUUCCCAAGUGAUCUCUAAGUUGGGUGCAGACUCCAAGGUUGGUUUAAUUAAGAUCCGUGUUCCUUUACCGUUCAACACAGAAAAGUUCAUUUCCACUUUACCUCAAUCAACUAAGAAAUUGGUUGUCUUGGGUCAAGGUAAUUCUAGCUCUUCUGCUUCUUCUUUGAAGGCAGACGUAACCGCAGCUUUGUUUUUGGGUGGCCGUUAUCAUUCCCUCGUUGUCAGUGAUUUUUCUUAUCCUGCAACCUUUGUAUGGACCCCAAUUACCAUUGUCAAGAUUUUACUGGAAUUCUUACCUGAAUUGAACCCUCAAUCGGUUCUUCAAAGAAGUAAUGCUGUCAACGUGAAUGUCAAUGCCAACUCAUCUCCUGAAGGUAAUUUCUUGAUUUGGGGUAGAGAUAAUGGAUUUUUAUUGGAAACUGCUAAGAAGUUGGCUCUUUCCUUAUCUUUAGACUCUUCCAAGUACGUUAGUAUUAGAAACAAGUACGAUAACUCAAGUGCCGGUGGAUUGUUCCAAUCGUCGAUUGUUUCCACUAAGGAUUCUAACGUUGCUGCUCCAAUCGAUUCCGCAGAUGUGAUUAUUAUUGAAGACGCUAAGUUGUUAGAAUCUUACGAUGUCCUUGCUACCUCAAGACCUGGUCAUACCGUUUUACUUGCUUCCAGCAAGCCAAUUAAGACUUCUCUUCAAGAAGAUAUCAUUGAUAAAUUACCUGUCGACUUCAAGCGUGCUUUAGCUAGAAAUCAAAACAAAUUGAAAAUCAUUGACCUUUCCAUUAUUGAAGAAUUGGAUCAAUUAGAUGACUCCACCAAGGGAUUCUCCGGUGACUUCUUAGUUCAAAUUGCAUUCUGGAACGCUGCCUUACCUGAAUUGGAUGGAUUUGUGGUCAACAAGUUGUUGCAAGCCAAUGGUAACGGGUUUGAAUUGUUAGGUGCUGUCUUGGAUAAAUUUAUUAAUUCAGUUAAAGAAAAGCAAGGUAUUAAAGACGUUGAAGUCUUACCUGAAUGGGUUGAUUUGGAAGAUAAGAUUGAAGAAGUUAAAGAUGGGGAAGAUAAGGAAGAAGCUGAUGAAGUCGAGGAAGUUGAGGAACUUCCAUUCUUCCCAUUGGAAACUUCUUUCUUACCUAACCCACGUAACAUCAAGAUCGAAAAUGAAGAUGCCAGUCAAACUGGUCACGUUAGUUUGGCUACCAAACUUACUUUCCCAGAAGCCUAUGGUGUCUCUAAGGAAUUAAGACCAGACCUUCCUGUGAAGAACUUUGUCGUCAAGGUUCAAGAAAACAGAAGAUUGACUCCAGCUGAAUAUUCUAGAAAUAUUUUCCAUAUUGAGUUCGAUACUACUGGAACUGGUUUAACUUAUGAUAUUGGUGAAGCCUUGGGAAUCCAUGGUGUUAACAACUCUGAAGAAGUUGAAUCUUUCUUGAAAUUUUACGGUGUUGACGGUAAUUCAUUAAUUGAAGUCGCCAACAAGGAAGACGAUUCUAUUGUUGAAACAAGAUCUGCAAGACAAGUCUUGUCUGAAGGAUUGGACUUUUUAGGUAAACCACCAAAGAGAUUCUACGAAUCUUUGGCACCUUUUGCUACUGAAGAUAAAGAAAGAGAACAUUUAGAAAAAUUGGCUGAUGCCAGUGGUGCUGAAGAAUUGAAGAAGAGGCAAGAUGUUGAUUUCUGUACCUAUGUUGACAUUUUAGAAGAAUUUAAGUCAGCUAGACCUUCGUUUGCUGAAUUGGUAAAGAUCAUUGCUCCAUUGAAGAGAAGAGAAUAUUCUAUUGCUUCUUCCCAAAAAAUUCACCAGAAUGCUGUCCACCUUUUAAUUGUUGUUGUUGAUUGGGUUGACCCUAAGGGCAGAACGAGAUACGGACACUGUUCUAAGUAUCUUUCAGAUUUAAAGAUUGGUGAUGAGUUGGUUGUUUCUGUUAAGCCAUCCGUUAUGAAGUUACCUCCAUUACUGACACAACCAAUUAUUAUGUCUGGUUUGGGUACUGGAUUAGCACCAUUCAAAGCUUUCAUUGAAGAAAAGAUUUGGCAAAAGCAACAAGGUAUGGAGAUUGGUGAAAUUUAUUUAUUCAUGGGUUCUAGACACAAGAAGGAAGAAUACUUGUACGGUGAAUUAUGGGAAGCUUACAAGGAUGCUGGUAUCUUGACCCACAUUGGUGCGGCCUUCUCAAGAGAUCAACCUGAGAAGAUUUACAUUCAAGACAAGAUAAGAGGGGAAAUUGAAACUUUGACUGACGCCGUCGUUAAGAAGGAAGGAAGUUUCUACUUGUGUGGUCCAACAUGGCCAGUUCCAGAUAUCACUGCUUGUUUGGAAGAUAUCUUAUUGAAUGGUGCCAAGCGUGCUGGUGAAGUAAUCAAGGAUGUCUCUAAAGAAGUUGAGGAUAUGAAGGAAGAAGGUAGGUACAUUCUUGAAGUUUAUUAG